UGAUAUCUUAUUUGAUAAAAAAAUUCCACAUUCAUACAAAUAUGCGCAUGCUCACAUAUGUAUAAUUAUACGUAGGUAUAUUUAUGAGAUCGACGCUUUCAGCGAGAAAGUAUAAGGACGUUCGAGAAACGAAAUGGAAAAGUACGUGAAUAGUAGGGUAACGACUGUAACAGUAUCAGCAAAGAUGAUUGUAGAGGGGUCUUAUAUGGAGUUCCUACGGGACUUACAACAGUCAGUCAGUCAGUCGGUCGGUUGAUCAGCCGGUCUUUCGUCCGUUCCUACGAUCUUUAAAAUUUCAUGAAAGAGUCGUAGGUGUAUCGAUGUUUUCGGUGAUUGAUCGAUAUUCUCGGAUUUCAUUAUUGAUUAAUAAGAGUAUAAAAGAACAGAACGAUCAUUUUUGUGAUUAGGAGCAAUGCGAAAGUCCAGAGGACUUUUCACAAUCGUUUGCGGACUUCUGUUGUCAUUUUCAAUAAACACUUGUGGAUGGUCGUUGGAUUUAUUCGGUUGGGGAACCAAACAAGCAGAGAUACUUGAUUUAAAAAUACGUUCCAGGGUUCUCAACUUUUUUCCUAUCCCAGUAGAAGAAGAGUGUUUAUCUUCGGAUAAACGACGACGUGGGAUAUGCAUGAACACGUACCAUUGUCGUAUUCAAAACGGAAAAUCAUAUGGACCAUGUGCUCUUGGAUUUGGUGUUUGUUGUAUAUUUACGGCGAGUUGCGAUCAAGAGGUGCAAAAUAAUCUGACCUACGUGACCAGUCCUGGUUUCCCGAACCUCAUCGACCGACCCAUGAACUGCUCGGUAGUCGUCCGGAAGAUCGAUAGGCAGGUCAGCCAAUUGAGGAUCGACUUCAUACACUUCAACAUAGGUCAACCUAAUAGAAGAACUGGCAUCUGUGACGAAGAUAUUAUGGAAAUUAGGAAUGGUAAUAGGUCGUCUCUAAAAUUGUGUGGGUGGAAUAGCGGGCAGCACAUAUAUUUAGACGUAAACGAGGCCGACGAACCUGUGACCCUUGACUUUAAGCUACCGAAUGGACUUCAUUCGCGAAUGUGGGAAAUGAGAGUGAUCCAAUUGGGUUUCGAAGAUCGUGCACCGGCUGGCUGCCUUCAAUACUUUCGUUCACCUAAUGGUACCCUUAAAACUAUGAAUUAUCUACCAAAUGGGAGAUUUUUAGCUGAUCAGGACUAUUUAGUUUGCGUUCGUCAAGAAAAGGAAAUGUGUGGUAUUUCUUAUACUCCUUGUUCGAAAGAUUCUUUUCGAAUAGGAGCUUCGAGAUCAGGACAAAUUGAAUCGAAUGCUACAACCACUGUUCCCAGAAGAAAAGCUAAUAACAGUACCAACAGUAGUAAUAACGUUAACGGUAAUUCUACUGACGUUGGACAAACGGAUUUUUUAAUGGAAGGAUCUGGAAGUGGUCCGGAUGGACAAGAGACUGUUACACCUUUAACUAUUAUAACUAGAAGAUGCAGAGACAAAGUUCUUAUACCUUGUGAUUUCGAGGAAUUUAUCACGCCCGGCAACAAUGGUGUCGGAAUUUGCAAUCUCGAACAUUGCGGAAAUUCGUUGUGCGAACGAGACGAGCUAGACACCGAUGGAAAUUGUCGUGUGGAGACUUGGGCAACGCCCUUUCGUAUAAGGGUUGCGUUUGGUCCUGGAGAGGAUACAGGGACAACACUGGAGGAUAAUGUUGGCAUGUGUCUUAUGUAUGAACAGCUACGAUGUGUACCUUAAACGUUUCAAUGGUGUGAUCUUGUGUAGCGUUAAAUUACGAGAGUAGAAAGGAGGAACGUCUUGAUGAAUGAAAUUGAAAGAGGAGAAAAGGGAUUACACUUGAAGGAAUUGAAGAGGAAGAUACAUAUUUGUAUACUAGACAAGUGUGUCAAAGAGUCAAAUAGUUUUUAUUUACAAACAAACUAGCUUAAAUCGUAAACGCAGCGCACAACUCUCGGUACAAUAAUAUAUAUAUAUAUAUAUAUAUAUAUAUAUAUAUAUAUAUAUAUAUACAUAUAUAUAUAUACAUAUAUAUAUAUAUGUAUAUAUAUAAUUCGCCUUUUUUAUUUUAUAUUAUUUUUUUGUUUUAUUCAUCCGCUCGGUCCCCUCGAUACCUCCCGAGAUUUUCGUCGGCGAUAUUGCGUGGUAACGUACAACGUUCGUACGAGAUUCGAUGCGAACCUAUUUCCAGAGCUAGACUUUUCUUCUCGUCGAGCGGCAUGUUACGGUUACAUCGUGUUACGUGAUGCGUCACGAAAUGCGCCGACGAUCACGACAAGGAUCAUAGCGAUAAUGAUGACGAUGUUACAAGAAUAGAAAUGAUAAUGCUUGUUAAUACGGUUACGUUGACGACACGUAUUGUAUUUAAUGUAAAAUUCGUCUUCCUCUUUGGUGCUAAUACACACGUUCGACAUGUUGGGAGAUUCCGCGCAUGUUGUUUCUUCUCUCUCCCAUUUUCGAUUUAUAAUAAUAUUGAAUAAUCAUAACGUGAUUAGCGAUUAAUUUGCGAUACCACAGCAUCGACGACAGCUCGACGUUGGCGUUCGUUAAGAAAAAUCGUACAACUCUAUCUACAAAGUCAAAAGGACUGAUAAAACGUGUAAAAGGGCGGUGGUCAACGAAUGCGAGUGAGAGGUAAUUUAAUGAUCGGGAAUAAGAGUGGAAGGAACAGGAGAGGCUUUAAGGAUGAAAGAGAAAAAGAAGGUGCUUGGUGAUUGGUCCCGGCGGUACUUAUUCAGGAUGCGCAAAGGAUAUACAUAUGUGUACCGAAGCGUAUUCGUAAGUCUAAAAUCGCGCUGGUUUGGAUGGGGCCAACGAGUUGGCGAAGUCCGCAAACGUGUCGGACGGAACGAACGAGUAUGCUGAUAUUGGAAAAUCUCAAGCGCUCGAUACACGUUCCGAGUCGACCUUAGGCCGUAGCGUGCAUUCCGGAACGGAUGAGUCUGAACGAUCGCUUACGCGUAAGCCUUAUGUAUCGGAACAUCGAUAAGCUCCGUGCAUUUCAGCGAAUAAGAGUCAAAGGACUACAACGAACAUACAAAUGAACGAAGAGAAUCCAUUUCUAAUUUUCGAUCUUUCUUUUCUUCCGACUUACAUAUCCGUCGUUCACUCUUUUCAAAGUCUCUCACGAUUAAGCGUUUUUUUUUUCAAUGUUUCCCUUUUUUCCUUCUUCUUUUUCCCCUGACCUCGAUCUUUUAUAAUGUAGAGAAUAAGCUAUCUUCGACAUUUAACGAGCGUUGUUUCCUACGAGUUAUAUUUACCGGUUUCCUAGCUCGCCACGUUACUUAAAGAAAGGCUGACCGAAAAUAGAAGGACCUCCUGUGGUUAAAGGUAAAGGUAAAGGGAAAAACAAUCAAAUCGUAACUUUAUGAUACUUAUAAGGGUUUGGAAUAAAAAUGUUGAAGGAGAUUGGUAAAUAUUGUUUGAUAUCCUUGUUCUGCAAAGCGAUCAGAGAUUUUAGCUCGGAUGUCCUACGUCAUAUCGUGCGUGAUUGCUUUACGUUUAUGAGAGAAAGAGAGAAAAGAUUUGGUAGAGGGGAGAGGAAGAGAGGGAGAGAGUGAGAACGAGCGAGCGAGAGGGAAAGAGAGGGAGAGUAUUCCGGAGGACAGCCACCGACUGUCUUAUCGUAAAAAUGUCCGCAAAGCUUAUUGAUCAUUGAGCGGACUUGCGAGCUGUUCCCUCUAACCUUCAACUCUGUCUUCUUCUUCCGUUCGGCGAACGCAUCGGCAGUGGAGAGUAGCCUCGAUAUCGGCUUAACCCAAGCCUCCAGUAGUCUUGGUCCCGUUGGUCCGCAGGUUAGAGUUCCUCCGGUCUUCCUCUGGAACCCACCGUACGAGAAAAAGGAAAAUCGACUACACGACUACACGAAGAAGAGGAAGGGUUUUGAAAAAGAUUGGAAAGUAAAGAAGAGAGAAAGAGAGAGAAUGUCAGGGUACCUGAUUUGGUAGCGAAGGGAUCCUUGGGAUGAUUGGUCUUGAUGGCGUUCAUCCUACGGUUCUGAGGCCCCUGAUGAGGAGGAGGGCAACCACCAGCUGGUUGUCCAUGCGUGACGCCAGAGGACGGAGGGCCCCCACCGGUCGUGGCGUGUUGGCUGACCGGUCCAUGUCCUCCAACUCCAGGAGGUCCACCAACGGUUCCACCAACACCAGUAGCACCAAUGCCAGUUGGUCCAACACCGGGAGGCGCGCCUGGCGCCCUGACCCUUGGCUGUUCGACGGGGCGAUCGUGAGGACACCGGCCAGGGCACAUAGCGCGCCUACGAACAUUCCCACAUACGUUUUCGGUACCAUGUCUCCGUAACCAACCGUGGUCAUCGUCACAAGAGCCCACCAUAAGCCGAGAGGUAUGCUCUUAAAGUCAUUCUCUGGAUUUGAUUGGGUUCUCUCGGCGUAGUACACCAGACUUGCGAAUAUCACGAUGCCGAGGACAAGAAAGAAUACCAGCAAGGUCAGUUCCUUUGCCGAGGCACGGAACGUUUGGAUCAAAAUCUUCAGGCCGGAUGAAUGACGGAUGGGAUGCGAAUCGUUGCAAUGCCAAGUCAAGGUAGAAACUCAAUGUUGCCACCAUGUCGAUCAAAUUGACCGAACUUUUUAUAAAGACGCAACGAUUUGGACUUGCUGUUAUCCGUAUAAGGAACUCCAGAGUAAACCAAGCGUUGCAGACACACUCGAUGUAGAAGAAGACGUCGUGGGCGUUCGUGCGCGUUUUGUCGAGCACCCAAGACGUCAUGUUGCCCGCUUUCACCGGCCGAUUCACUAUCACUGGCACUCGCAUGUCAGGAUGAGUCUUCAGGCAGAAUGACAGUAUGGAGACGCAGAUGAAGAAGACCGAAACUAUGCUGAUUACCUGUUGAAGAUCGACAUAGAAAUCUUGAUAAGAUUUGUUUCGAGAAACACAACCAGAGAAUUUCUUUGCAUCAUCACUGACCUUGGCGGCAGGAGAGGAGUACGGUUCGUCGAAGAGCGACCACAUUUGAGGCUUGAGUUUUUGCCACCAGGUGAGAGUGCCCUCGUAAUAGGCUUCCUCGAAGCCAAACUUUCUGGCCAGUUCCUCAUCCGUCGGCUUCUCCGUGUCCAAAUCCAACCUGUCCAGGACCGUCAGCGUUUCCUGCGUGUCCCGAUGCUGAUGAUGGAUGAUGGAGUCGACGAGAGAUGCGUCAAGGGGAGGGGCAACAACGAUCGUUAUUCGUACCUAUUCAAGCGAAAUGAUAAACGAACAUUGAAUCAAGUCGACUUAACGAUCAGAUAUAUGCGAAGCAUGGUGCAAAGAACGUGAAUUAAAGAGGGAGUGAAGAUUUGAUACCUGGGUAUAUGUCAUCCAACAACAAGGUUCGACUUGAUUGGAGUCGAGACCCCAAAAGUCGAGUUCUUCUUCGAAGAGUGGCCCGCAGACGUCCGUGGGAUAAUGGAGCUUUCCAGUGCGAUAAUAGUUGAGAACCUGAGCGAAGACUCCUGGGUGCCUAUCGAAGAAGUAUUCGUUGAGGAUCGGAUCGUAGUUCGCGAGGGCUUCAGUUAACCUCGAGAGCCUCGUCGCCGGGAUCUUCUUCAAGGUUGCCUUAUAUGUUUCAUGCCGUAUCCCACCCACGUUAAGAACCACGCGGUUCUCCGCGUCCAUAUUUAUCAGGUUCAUUUUGAUCACGGCUCUGCUACCGCCUGCCCUGACUGGAAGAAACCCACGUGUCCUACGAUCGGCGAAAUAGAAAAAAGAAAACGAAUUAAUAGGUACUUACUUGAAGUCGUUCGGCAUAAAAAAUAAGACUAGCGAAGAGAACUAUGCCCAAAGCAAGGAAGAAAACCAACAAUGCGAGCUCUUUCGCGGAUGCUUUGAAAGUAUGUAUGAGGAUUCUCAAGCCAGGUGAAUGUCUGGUCAAUUUAAAGAGUCGAAGUACUCUUGCUAUCGAGAGGACCUCAAGAUACAGGCUAGACUCCGUCAAGAAUUCCGUGUAGAAGCUGAACGUUGCCGCUAAAUCGAUAGCGUUCACCGGCGACACAGCGAAUCGCUUUAGGCUUGGACUGACCUACAAUAGAAUCCUUUCCUUUCGUCUUCCCUCGAGAUAAAUUUUACGUAGGAAUUUGAAGUAUAGUAAAUCGUUCGAAAUUUCAAAGACUUCCUUUCAUAUCAAAUUCAAAUAAGAUAUUCAUACUUACCAAGCAUCGAAGUGUUAUCUCGAAUGUGAACCAAGCAUUACAAGCGUGUUCAAUGUAAUAAAAUGCUCUAUGUGGUCGACCGAUUUCAUUCUCGUAAUGCUGAGUGAAUUCUACAGAGUAGUUAGAAGGAGAAUCAUCUGUUCUAAUUUGUGGUAGAUUACUAGGAUGG